AUGAGAAACCCCUUCCCACCCACCGACUCUGUGCCUGGACAUGGCCGUGUCCACCUGGCAUUGUUGCCGCCGGGGACUCCUGUCUUGCAAACCUUGACUUAUCAGUAUCCUCUCAAACUGAUAUCGCCAACUCCUGUGACCAUAACUCCAUCUGCCGACAAUGACUCGUCUCACCAAGUCCAUACGCUCUACAUCUUGACCUAUGGUGGUGGUAUAGUUGCUGGUGAUACUAUCACCUUGCACCUUGAUCUCGAUGCCACCUCCCGUUUGCUCAUCCUCACUCAGGGCAGCACAAAGAUCUUCAAAACUCCGACUCCCUCUACUCUUAGUCGCCAAGAUAUGAACAUCCACCUGAAGUCUGCUGCUGCUCUGGUCUAUCUUCCUGACCCGGUCCAGCCUUUUGCUCAGAGUGCUUUUGAGCAGACUCAACGAUUCUACGUACAUCAUCAACCGGACGCUCCGAAUGCAAGCAUUUGUGUCUUGGAUUGGGUGUGUCAAGGUCGUAAGGCCCUAGGUGAGAAUUGGGACUUCUUCAAGUAUUCUAGCAAGAAUGAGGUCUGGCUUGUGGACGGGUCCCGCGAACACCGCGGACCCAACGAUUCACGAUUGCUGCUGCGUGACAAUGUUACUUUGGACGCCAGCGAUAAAGCCAUACAAACCUCGCUGAUGCGGCGCAUGGAUGGACUUGGUGCUUUUGGUACCCUGAUCUUGUAUGGGCCUGUGUUCGCGAAUCUUGCGACAUUUUUCAUGGAUGAAUUCAAAGCAAUACCUCGGAUAGGAGGCCGAAAAUGGGAUACCAGCGACGAAGCUGACGACGCAAUACGAGACCUGGAACCUCUUGUGAUGAAGAGGAAAGCCAGACAAAAACAAGAAACGAGCGACGGUUUGUUGUGGACAGCGGCGCUAAUACGAGGUUGCGUCGUUGUCAAAUUCGGCGCAAGGGAAGUCGAGGGCGGAAAGCGUUGGUUGCGCUCGAUGCUUGAUACUGAAGGUAGUGUCCCCGCUCAUUUUGGAGACAGAUGCUUGCUCUGUUUGCGAUAG